AGGGAGGGGUUACCAGGCGGCCCGGCCCCCCCCUCCCGCGCUUCCUGGCGGCUCCGCGUCCGGCGCCUGUUUGUGCCCAGGCGCUGGGGCCCCAGACGGCCCCGCCACCCCACCCCGGGGAGCCGAGAGCCGCCCCGGGAGAGUCUGCGGCCCCGGCGGGCCCCGGAGAGCGCGGCCCCUGCCCCACAGCGCCCCCUCCAGGCCCUUUUCCCGCGCCCGACAGCGCCGCCGAGGGGUGGCACGGCACCCUUGAGCGCACCCAGGGGUGCUCCCCCUUCCCCUUCCCCUUCCCCUCGCGCUGGCCAUGCCCCCCGCGACUUAGACGCCCCUGCCGCCGCGGUGCUCGGAGCCAGCGGGGGCCGGAUGGACGGGGCCGGGGGGCCCGGUGAGGGCCCUGCUCAGGAGGCCCUGCAGUCCCUGAGCCGGCGGCUGAAGGUGCAGGAGGAGGAGAUGGAGCUGGUCAAGGCAGCCCUGGCUGAAGCCCUUCGCCUGUUGCGGCUCCAGGCGGCCCCUACUUCCCUGCAGGGCUCAGGCGCACCUGCUCCCACUAGGGAUAGCCUGGCAGCCCCCCCAGGGCUGCCCCCCACCUGCAGCCCUGUCAUGGUGAGCCGAGGCACCCAGACGGAGGAGACCCAGGUGGAGAUGGAGCCAUCCCCUGGACCCCCUGGCCUGAGCAAUGGGCCUCCGGCUCUUCACGGGGGCAGUGAAGAGCCUGGCGGGACCCAGUCUGAAGGAGGGGGCAGCAGCAGCAGUGGCACAGGCUCCCCAGGCCCCCCAGGAGCCCUCAGGCUGGUGCAGCCCCCACAGCGAGCUGCUGACACGCCUUGGAGAAAUUCUUCCUCCUCUUCCUCAUCCCCCUCGGACCGCCCUCGGCAGAAGCUCUCCAGGAAGGCAGCUUCCUCAGCCAACCUGUUGAUGCGGUCAGGGAGCACGGAGAGCCGUGGGGGGAAAGAACCCCUCUCCAGCCCCGGAGGCCCUGGAUCUCGAAGGAGCAAUUACAAUUUGGAAGGCAUCUCAGUGAAGAUGUUCCUUCGAGGCCGCCCCAUUACCAUGUACAUCCCAUCCGGCAUCCGCAGCCUUGAGGAGCUGCCCAGCGGCCCACCCCCGGAGACCCUCAGCCUUGACUGGGUUUACGGGUACCGGGGUCGUGACUCCCGCUCUAACCUCUUUGUGCUGCGCUCUGGGGAGGUGGUCUACUUCAUCGCCUGUGUGGUGGUGCUGUACCGGCCCGGAGGAGGACCCGGAGGCCCUGGAGGUGGUGGCCAGAGACAUUACCGGGGGCACACAGACUGCGUUCGAUGCCUGGCUGUUCACCCUGAUGGUGUCCGUGUGGCCUCAGGACAGACAGCCGGAGUGGAUAAGGAUGGAAAGCCCUUGCAGCCUGUGGUUCAUGUCUGGGACUCGGAGACACUGCUGAAACUACAAGAGAUCGGACUGGGGGCUUUCGAGCGGGGUGUGGGGGCCUUGGCCUUUUCCAUUAUGGAUCAAGGUGCUUUUCUCUGCGUGGUGGAUGAUUCCAAUGAGCACAUGCUGUCGGUGUGGGACUGUAACCGGGGCACAAAGCUGGCAGAGAUCAAGAGUACCAAUGACUCAGUCCUGGCUGUUGGCUUCAGCCCCCGUGACAGCAGCUGCAUUGUCACCAGUGGGAAAUCUCACGUUCACUUCUGGAACUGGAGUGGUGCAGCAGGGGCUCUGGCAAAUGGGACCCUUACCCGGAAACAGGGUGUCUUUGGGAAGUACAAGAAACCCAAGUUCAUCCCUUGUUUCGUGUUCCUCCCGGACGGAGACAUUCUCACGGGGGACUCCGAGGGGAACAUUCUCACCUGGGGGCGGGGGCCUUCGGACUGCAGAACCCCAGGCAGGGGUGGUGCCAAAGAGACCUACAGUAUCGUGGCCCAGGCCCAUGCUCACGAAGGGUCCAUCUUUGCCCUGUGUCUGCGUCGGGAUGGGACGGUGCUGAGUGGUGGAGGGCGGGACCGCAGGCUGGUCCAGUGGGGACCUUCCCAGCUGGGAUCCGGGUUGGUGGCCCUCCAGGAGGCUGAGAUCCCUGAACACUUUGGGGCAGUGCGGGCCAUUGCAGAGGGGCCGGGCUCUGAGCUGCUGGUGGGCACUACAAAGAACGCGCUGCUGCGGGGAGACCUGGCUCAGGGCUUCUCCCCAGUGAUCCAGGGCCACACGGAUGAGCUCUGGGGACUCUGCACGCACCCCUUCCGGAACUGCUUCCUCACCUGCGGCCACGACCGGCAGCUCUGCCUGUGGGAUGGGGAGGGCCAUGCGUUGGCCUGGAGCAUCGACCUCAAGGAGACUGGUCUCUGUGCUGACUUCCACCCCAGCGGGGCAGUCGUGGCUGUAGGACUGAACACGGGGAGGUGGCUGGUUUUGGACACAGAGACCAGAGAGAUCGUGUCAGACAUCACCGAUGGCAAUGAGCAGCUUUCGGUGGUCCGGUAUAGCCCAGACGGCUUGUACCUGGCCAUCGGUUCCCAUGACAACAUGAUCUACAUCUAUAGUGUUUCCGGUGACGGGGCCAAGUCCAGCCGCUUUGGCCGCUGUGUGGGUCACUCCAGCUUUAUCACGCAUCUGGACUGGUCUAAGGAUGGGAACUUCAUCAUGUCUAACUCUGGGGACUAUGAGAUCCUUUACUGGGAUGUGGCUGGCGGUUGCAAGCUGCUGAGGAAUCGCUAUGAGAGCCGGGACCGGGAGUGGGCCACCUAUACCUGCGUGCUGGGCUUCCACGUGUAUGGUGUGUGGCCUGAUGGCUCGGAUGGCACCGACAUCAACUCCCUGUGCCGCUCCCACAAUGAGCGUGUGGUGGCUGUGGCUGACGACUUCUGCAAAGUGCAUCUUUUCCAGUACCCCUGCGCACGUGCCAAGGCUCCCAGCCUCGUGUACGGGGGCCACGGCAGCCACGUGACCAGCGUCCGCUUCACCCACGACGACUCGCACCUCGUGUCUCUGGGCGGCAAGGACGCCAGCAUCUUCCAGUGGCGGGUGCUGAGCGCUGGCAGCGCGGGGCCGCCGCCCUUCACGCCCUCUCGGACCCCGUCCCUGUCCCCAGCCUCCUCGCUAGACGUCUGAUGGACGUCUGACCGAUGGGACUCAGACCAGAUCCCCUGGGACCUGGGGGUGGGAAGGGUGGUGGGGGGAGGAGGGUAGGCGACCCUGCCCUCCACUUCGAGACAUUCCUGACCGCGCCUUUCCCGGGACGGAUGGGGCGCACAGCACCUUGCACACACUGUACGGACCCGCGGGCCGAGGCGGGCCGGCCCAUCCAGGGCUUCUGACGACCGCUGCCAAGCAGAGCGCCAAUAAACCAAAAGCAAGA